UGGAAAUGGAGUCGGAGGGGGCGGGGUGCAGCAGGAGGGAGCAGAGAUGUUUGGAGGCUUUUUUUUUAAUAUAAAAUUAUUUAUUUAAAUAAAAAUGGCCGCCGUGGAGAGCGGAGAGGAGAGACUGGAGGAGGGUCAAGAGGGAGAGGAGGAACCAGUUGACCCCCAGCCUCCCACCAGAGAGAGAGCCAGGUCCCACAGUAAGACCAAGAAGGCUCGCAGGGAACGUCGCCAUGCCGACCAGGGAGCGGAGACCACAGCCUCGGCGACAGCCGCCCUGCAGCCGCAGACGGGGGUGGAGUCACAGAGCCAGGGGUCGGAGCCAGUGGCGGGCCCCUCGGAGCCGGGGUCAGAGUCAGCGGCCGGCAGUGAGUCUGCGGGUUCACCCAGGCAGCGGCGCUCCAUCAUCCGGGACCGCGGGCCACUGUACGAUGACCCGUCGCUGCCUGAAGGCUGGACCCGCAAACUCAAACAGAGGAAAUCCGGACGCUCAGCGGGAAAGUUCGAUGUCUACCUGAUCAACUCCGAGGGAAAGGCGUUUCGUUCCAAGGUGGAGCUUAUCGCCUAUUUCCAGAAAGUCGGUGACACAACCACUGACCCCAACGAUUUUGAUUUCACUGUAACCGGACGUGGAAGCCCCUCCCGCCGUGAGAAGCGGCCCCCCAAGAAACCAAAAGUGGUUAAACCAUCGGGGCGAGGCCGCGGCAGGCCCAAAGGCAGCGGAAAGAUGCGCCAGGCAACAGAGGGUGUGGCCAUGAAGCGUGUGGUCGAGAAGACUCCGGGCAAACUGUUGGUCAAGAUGCCCUUCAGCAAGGCAGAGUCCACCACCGGUACCACUUCCACUGCCUCAAAGGUGGUGUCUCCUGCCCAGGUGUCCACCAAGUCCCGUCCCGGCAGGAAGAGGAAAUCAGAACAAGAACUUCCGGCCCCACCGCAGACCACCCCCAAAAAACGGGGCAGGAAACCAGCCUCCGCCACAGCAGCUUCGACUGUUGCAAUAGCAUCCUCCUCUUCAGCAUCAACCUCUGGUACCUCAUCAGUAGGGAGCUAUGCUGCAGCUGCCAUCUUGGCCGCUGAGGCCAAACGGAGAGCGGCCAAGGAGUCUUCCACCAAACCUGUCGUCCAGGAAACAGCCCUGCCAAUCAAAAAACGCAAAACUAGAGAGACAAUAGAGGAGAGGGAGAGCGUUCAGACUCCAGCAGCUACAACAACUGAGACUGUAAGGAGGUCUUCUGCAGGUGGGGAGGGGGGAGGUACGGGGGAAGGAGCACCAACCUCAGAGCCUCACUCUGCCCCCUCUGAGCAGAGCCAGUCACAAUCACAGAAGCAGCCUACUGGCUCAGAGGAAAGUCAAUCACAUGGACACAAGAUGCAUAAAGGGAGGAAGCACAAGGAGAAAACGGGAAUAGCGGCGGGAGACGGAGGAAGCAGAGGAGAGGAAGUAGGCGAAGACGGAGGUGAUAAGGAAGGAGAGGGAGGAGGAGCAGCGGGAGAAGGAGGAAGGAGUAGCAGCAGCAGCAGUAGCAUUAGUCCAUCAAAAAGCCACAAAAGGAAGGACCGGCCACCUCACAAACACCACCAUCAUCACCACCAUCACCAUCAUCAUCAUCGGCAUCAACAGUCUUCUGCCUCCACAUUGGAUCAGCCUCCUCCUCCUCCUCCUCCUCCAGCCUCCGGACACCCCGCAUCCUCCAGCCAGUCCAGACCUGAAGUCGAGCCGCCGCAGACUACGCCCCUGCUCCCCGCCCAACAGUCCCAGCACACCCAGCAAGCUCCUCCCAAACCCCAGUCCAAGUCCGCGCCUCAGUCCCUGUCUGAGCCUCGGCAUCCUCCCCCUCAACCACGCCACCCGCCCCAACCCCGUCCCCAGCAACAUCCCCAGACACAGUCUCCCAGUCAGCCUCAAGCCCAGCCUCGAUACCCAGCGCCCCAACCCUCUCCUACCAAGCAUACCCUGCCGCAACUACGGCCCCAACAACCCCAACAACCCCAACCCCAAACCCACAGUCAGCCCCAGGCCUUCCCCCAAAAAUCCCAAUCACAGCCUGUCCACCCCCCUACCCAGCAUCAAACCCAGCUUCAGGCUCAGCAUGCUCCACCUCAGUCACACCGUUCUCAGUCCCCAUCCAUCUUGCACGUCCAUCCGCCCCAGACAAGGCAUCAACAUCCACAAACCCAGUCCGCCACAGCACUCCAACCUCAGACCCAGCCCAGGCACCCGUCUCAACCCCCAACUCAGCUCAAACAACAAUCUCAACCCCAACCCCGGCAGUCACUGCAGCCUCAACUCCAACCCGCAGCCAGGACCCCAACCCAACCUCAGACUCCACCCCAGUCCAGAACCCCCGCCCAAACUCAGCCUCAACUCCAGUCCAGAACCCCAGUCCAAACUCAGCCUCAACCCCAGUCCAGGACCCAAGCCCAAACUCAGCCUCAACCCCAGUCCAGGACCCCAGCCCAACCUCAGCCUCACCUGCAAUCCAGGCAUCAAGCACAGCCUCAACCGCAGACAAGGCACCCUUCGCAACACCAACUUCAGACUCAAUACAGACCACAGCCCAGACAGUCUCUCUCCCAAGCUAGGCCACCCCAGUCCCAGUCCCAAGCACAACCACACUUUCAGCGGAUUCAAACACAGCCGCGACCCCAGCCCCACUCACAGCUCGCCAGGUCCCACCUGCAGCAUCUCUCGCCACACCGACCAUCUCUCAGCCUAAGUAGACCCAAUCUGGUCCCUUCUCAGCAGAACCAGAGCGAACAGCCCCAAGAUCUGAGCACCACGCGGCCUGGCCGAGGAAGCCUCCUACCAAGCCGGGAAGCCAGCGCGGAGGGCAUCAGGGCGGAGGGAAGAGGGGGGCUGGCGGUGGCAUCAGAAAGCAGAGAGAUUUUAGGAGGAGAAAGAGGGUCAAACAGCACCUCAAGGCCUCCCAGCUCCAUGCCUCCUGGUCCUACAGGAGGAGCUGGGGCCGGAGUUGGUCUCGUGCCGGGGGCGGAGGGCCGGGCCAGGCUCCGGGCAGAGCCAGAGGCAGCAGGUGAGGGCAGGGAGCUCAGAGACAUCGUCCCCCAGUCCGCUGUUCCCUGCCCCAGCCGAGAGGAAACGGUAGAGUCACGGACUGCCGUCAGCGAGAGAGUCAGCUGAUCGGUCGGGCUGAUGAACAGGCUGACUGAUCGGUGGACUGACUGAGUCAGCACCAGGUGGAAGAGGAGUGUGACUGGGCUGUCCAUGGAGGAUUCAUGUUUUUACACUGUUUUCAGAUAGAAGGAUAGCGUCACACAGCUGGUAGGACGUUCUCAGAUUCUACUCCGUUUGAUUCUGUCUGGAGACUCUGUAAAGUUGUGGAUUUGAGAGCCAACCCGGCACUGAGGGACAGCAGAAGAGAAGAACGGAUAGUGUCUUUUUAUAGGAAAAACAAAACGAAAAGGAAAAAUCGAUAAAAAAAAAAAAAAGUGUGUGUGUAUAUAUAAUCAAAAGGCAGCUGUUGUGUCCCGCUAGUCUCCAUGGGGAGGGGGGGGGAGUAGUUUGGAACUAAAAACCAACGCUUAACAACACAUUACUCUGAACGAAACGUUGCUUCCGGAAUAUAACCAGUUUUUUUUUUUUAUUUCGUAUUUUGAUAGUUUAUUGUUUUGUCUCCGUUAUACAGCUUUAAACUCUGAUAUUAUUGACUGACAGUCCCUUAUUCAUUGCUGUGCUGCUGACUGACAGUCCCUUAUUUAAAGUCCUGCUCUUGACUGACGGUCUCUUACUAAAAAACUCCUCCUAUUGACUGACACUCCCUUACUGAAAGCCUCAAGAGGUGAUGUGGGGGCGGCGGUUUGCACCUUAAACUGGUUUCUUAGAAAUCUCACAUUUUAUUUUCCUCCUUAUGUUCCAUUAAACCCACAAUAAGAAAAGGAGGGUCAUAAUGUUUUUUUCCAUCCACUUCCAGACUGCCCCCUACAGGUAGCGAAUCUGAUUUAUGAGUAUUUUUUUAUCAAGUUCACUCCACACAGACCUCAUCCUGAAGUGAGUCUUUGAAUACUAUUUUAAAUAUUCGAACAACUUCAAGUGUUCUUGAUUCCUCUUCACAGACACUAAAACAGCCUAAAAAAAAAAAAAGAAAACGGACGAGUCAGAUAAGUUUGAUAAGAAAACCUCCAGAAGUCCUCAUUCGUUUUUCAAGUAUUUCAAAAGCAGCGAGUUCUUCCAGGUUAGAGAUUCUUCCAUUCUGGUCUGCAUUGAAUCUGUUUGUUUUGGUAGUCUUUUUGUUUCCAAAGGAAGCGCAUUUUAAUAUCAAACCAAACCCACUUUUACAGUAGCUUUAUUUUAGUUUCAGUCUUAAUGAAAGAGUGGGAAAUGGACUCAUUUUUUUAUUGUGUCUUCGUGUUGAAUGUCUGGAACAGUUUGCACUCCUCCAGUUUGUACAAUCAACCGCCUGCAUGUCGCUCGGAGACCCUUGCAGGCCUUCAACCGGAGCCGCACGUACGCAGAGGUCGACCCCGUGUGGGUUUUUACUGUCGGGCCAUCGGUCGGUGGCGUAAAGGAAGAUGUGUUCCACAGAAGGAAAAACCCUGACGGAGGUCCGGUUUCAGCUUCAUGUGGGGGUUAGAUGUGCUGGGGACGGCAACACAAAACUAUUCAGUGAGCAGAAAACUAAAUUUGAGUCUGUAAGUAAAGAUUUGAGAGCGCCCAGGAGAGAUUUUUUUUUUUACCUGCUCACUUCCAGUUUCAAAUACACUUUCAGCGGUCAGUCAACAUGAAAACGCAGAGCAGGUGUCAUGAGGACUUCUUUGUGCUCUCAAAUUACUGUCAAGUUACUGUAGCAGCAGGAACUAAAGUCCCAGGUUGUUGUUAGGGAGCACAACGAGUGUCAAAGUAUGAUCACACGACACUCUGAUCAAUAUUGAUCUAUUACCCAUAUCAGAAACGUGACCUCACGUGACCUUUUUCAGGGCUGAGCGCAGAGAUAUUUCGACAUUAGCUCUCUCAUUCAUUUAAACGGAGGCAGUCUGGUGAUGCAAUACUCAAACUAGACUUCCUGGAUCAUGUUUCACGUCUCACCUGUAAACCUUUAACAACACACGCCCUUCUGCAUCAUCGUUUUAACGCAGGACUGUUUCGGUCUGAAUGCUCCGUUAGCAGCAGGCUACCGGCUGUGUUGUAGUAUGGAGGUCAGAUACUGUUAGCAAUAUCGUUCAACAUUGUGUUUUUGUAAAUCCAUGUGCACAGAUUAUUAUUAAUUAGUUAUCCAUGCAGUAUUAGCAUUAUUAGUUAUUAGUUUCUACCCCCUUAUGACACCUGAUGGACUCUGUGAAAACUGCUUCACCGGUGAAAACUGUUAAAAUAAAAGGUACUAAGAGGAGGUACAAAGUGUUCACAUGCAGUCCAACUGUUUGGUUUUUAUGCCUUUAAUCAAGUACUACUGCAGUACUUCUGGGUACUUACAUUCAGGAUAGCCUCUGCGGGGCGGAGCACACGUCAGGGAGAGAUUUCUGUAGCAGAGUCGACGUGAAUUCACAAAUACGUCAAACUGAGCAACAACGCUAAAGCAGGAGACGCCACACGGACGACAAAUACGGUCCGGCAGUGUAAUUAUCUGCUGUUCAAGUCAAGUUAGUUUUAUUUGUAUAGCCCAAAAUCACAAAUUACACAAUUGCCUCAGGUGGUUUUACAGUCUGUACAGCAAUACAACAUCCUCUGUUCUUACACCCUUUGAUUUAAGGUUGCUGCUAAAAUCAUCAACUCAUCACAAAAAAGCAGCAGAUCUCACAAGAGAAACAGGCAACCAGGUAGAAACAAGCCCCAAACAGGCAACUCGGCUUUCCAAAAAGUUUUUUUUUUUCUCUUCGCCCACUUAGUCCCUGGCAUUGUUAGCGAAGUAGCUAAAGAAACUCCAUCAAUCGUGUGAUUUUGAUUGUAAAUGUCUCACUCACUGUCACCUGUGUGCUUGGAAGGGAAGAGGAGUGGACGGAUCCUGCAUCAGGACAAACUAUCAAGCGUUUAAAUAACAAUAAUAAUAUCGAAAACAUCUGCUAAGUUUUUUUUUUUUAAGAUUAUGUUUUAAGGUGUUUUCACUUUAUUAGACGGAGACAGCAAGGACUCUUGCUAACGUUACGUGGUUCACGUGCUAACACGUGAACCACCAGCUAAGGAUUUUAACGUCGACGGCUAGUACAUGCGUGGUUCUGACAGCAGGCAGCGAUAUUUUUGACAACUUAGAUGGAGCUCAGUCAGUUUAUUUAACAUUAGACGUACAGGAAGUAAAGCCCAAAUAAACAACUACACUUCAGGAACAAGCCCCCCCCCCCC